AUGGCUGAGCCUGCUACAACACAGCCGAUGAGCAGAGAGUUGCCCGAUGGAAUGGGCGACUCUGUGCCCGGAAAUGUGUCUGAAGUGGGAGUCAGUGAGGUAGGGAACCUGGGUCACGCCCCAGAUAAUGGCAAUGCCCUCCGGAAAGGGUACUUUAACGACACCGAAAUAACGGCUCUGAGUGGAGCACUUGCAGGGUUUUUAGCUGGGGUGGUGGUAUGUCCAUUAGACGUGGCAAAGACUCGACUACAGGCCCAAGGUUUGCAAGAAGUGGCCGUAGGUAAAACAGCUGGGUACAAGUAUUACAAUGGGAUAUGGGGCACUUUGACGACGAUUGUACGAGACGAAUCGGUAAGAGGGUUAUAUAAGGGCAUAGUACCGAUAGUUUUGGGUUAUUUUCCGACCUGGAUGAUAUAUUUUUCCGUGUACGAACGGUGCAAACUAACGUACCCGCAGCUUUUCCACAAUUCGGAGUUCUUGUCCCACUCUAUGUCUGCAUUGAGCGCUGGCGCGAUCUCCACCACAGUGACAAACCCGAUAUGGGUGGUAAAGACGCGGUUGAUGCUCCAAUCUGGUAAAGAUAUCAAGGGCAUGACGCACUACAAAAACACGCUCGAUGCGUUUGUCAAGAUUUACAAACACGAGGGGAUCAAAAGUUUUUACUCGGGAUUGGUCCCAUCGUUGUUCGGACUAUUGCAUGUAGCUAUCCACUUCCCGGUCUACGAACAGCUCAAGAAAAUAUUGCAUUGCUAUCCAUACAAGGAUCCACGACUGGCGUCUGAUUCCUCAUCGCCAGAAAACAUCGACAACCAGUCGAGUCAGUUGGGUCAGUUGGGUCGCUUGAUCCUAGCAUCUUGUGGGUCAAAGAUGAUCGCAUCGACUCUCACGUACCCACACGAAAUCCUUCGCACAGGGCUACAGCUCAAGUCAGAUGUCAAGCCUUCUAUCGGCUCGAUAAUACGAUCGACAUACUCGAAAGAAGGCAUAAGAGGCUUCUACUCGGGAUUCCUCACUAAUUUGCUGAGAACCGUGCCAGCAUCCGCAAUUACAUUGGUCUCGUUUGAAUACUUCAGGAAGCAUUUCAAACUCUGGAACGAUGAAAUGGUGUGA